AGUGCCGUGUUGGGGACGCUUGAAGACUGUCCUGUACGUGGCGGGAGACCCUCAGCCCAGGUUCACAGACACAACUGUGCUUGCAGGAUGAUUUCAUUCAGGCAAGCAGCUUAUUUCGUUUCCUUGUUUGCUUCAGUUUCCAGUGGAUGCCUCAGUCAGCUCUAUAAGAACAUCUUCUUCAAAGGUGGGGACGUCACCACCCUGUUCAGCCCGAACGCCCAGCACUGCCGGGCCAUGUGCACAUUUCACCCGCGGUGCUUGCUCUUCAGUUUUCUUCCAGGAAGUUCAACCAAUGACACCAGGAAAAGGUUUGGCUGCUUCUUGAAAGACAGUGUCACAGGAACCCUACCAAGAAUGUUACAGACAGGGGCAGUUUCUGGACAUUCCUUAAAGCAAUGUGGCCAUCAAAUAAGUGCUUGCCACAGAGACAUUUAUGAAGGCAUUGAUAUGAGAGGGGACAAUUUUAAUGGAUCCAAGGUUGAAAGUGUUGAAGAAUGCCAAAAAAGGUGCACCAAUAAUAUUCAUUGUAAAUUCUUCACCUACGCCACGCAAGCAUUUGACAAUGCAGAGUACCGGAACACGUGCCUGUUGAAGCACAGUUCGACAGGAACUCCAGCCAGUAUAAGCACGCUGACAAACGUGGUGUCUGGAUUCUCCCUGAAGCCCUGUGCGCUCUCAGAAAUCGGUUGCCACAUGAACAUGUUCCAACAUCUCGCAUUUUCGGAUGUGGACGUGGCCCGAGCGAUCACUCCAGAUGCUCUUGUGUGUCGAACCGUCUGCACCUAUCACCCCGGCUGCCUCUUCUUUACAUUCUAUACAAACAGCUGGCCUGUGGAAUCACAAAGAAAUGUUUGUUUACUUAAGACUUCCAAAAGCGGGACACCAAGCCCCCCCACUCCUCAGGAACACACCAUAUCUGGAUAUAGCCUUUUAACCUGCAAACGAACUUUGCCUGAACCCUGCCAUUCAAGAACUUACGCAGCUGAUUUUAGGGGGGAAGAACUGAACGUGGCCUUCGUUAAAGGAGCAAGUGGUUGCCAAGAGACUUGCACGAAGAUGGUCCGCUGUCAGUUUUUCACGUAUUCUUCUCUCCCGGGAGACUGUAGAGGGGACAAGUGUAGGUGCUCCUUACGAUUAUCUGCGGAUGGCUCGCCUACUCAAAUUACAUACGGGACACAAGCAAGAUCUGGCUAUUCUUUGAGAUUGUGUAGAAGGGAAAAUGACGCCAGCUGCACAACAAAAACAACCACACGCAUCGUUGGAGGAACAAAUUCUUCUUGGGGAGAGUGGCCCUGGCAGGUCAGCCUCCAAGUGAAGUUGACAGCCCAGAAGCAUGUGUGUGGAGGGUCCAUUAUUGGGGACCGGUGGGUCCUCACUGCUGCCCAUUGCUUCAAUGGGCUCUCCUAUUCGGAUAUUUGGCGCAUUUAUGGUGGCAUUUUAAAUUUGUCAGAGAUAACAAAUGAAACAUCUUUCUCACAAAUAAAAGAGAUUAUUAUUCACCAAAAUUAUAGUAUCUCAGAAAAUACUCAUGAUAUUGCCUUAAUAAAGCUUGAGGCUCCUUUGAAUUAUACCGAAUUCCAAAAACCAAUAUGCCUCCCUUCCAAAGAGGAUACAAAUAUGAUCUAUACUAACUGCUGGGUUACUGGCUGGGGCUUCACAAAGGAGAAAGGUGAAAUCCAAAAUAUUCUACAAAAGGUAAAAAUUCCUUUGAUAACAAAUGAAGAGUGCCAGAAAAGAUAUAGAGAUUAUGAAAUAACCAAACAGAUGAUCUGUGCUGGCUACAAAGAAGGAGGAAAAGAUGCUUGUAAGGGAGAUUCAGGUGGUCCCUUAGUUUGUCAACACAAUGAAAUAUGGCAUUUGGUGGGCAUCGCCAGUUGGGGUGAAGGCUGUGCCCGCAAAGAACAACCAGGUGUCUACGUCAAAGUUGCUGAAUACAUGGACUGGAUUUUAGAAAAAACACAGGACAGUGAAGGACAGUCUUUAACGAAGUCGCCAGUGUGAGGAAGCUUCAUAGAGGUGCACGAGAGCCCACAGUUCAAAUACGAAGCCUUGGAGUGCUUACCUGCAGACAUAAGCAGAGCGCCAUUAAUCUUGUGUACUUUCAGGCACAUAAGAAGAGACAAUGCGUACACAGUUGCUCGGGACGAUGUCUUACAGAGGCAUGCUCUUAGCCUGUUGCCACAGCAGUAACAACAGGAGGUGUUCGCUAAACAUCAUGAUUGCUUUUUGUGAAAUAAAGUUGCAAAA